GUGAGCUCAGUUAAAGUGACGCUGAGUGGAGUUGUUGUUAUUUCUCCUCCAACGCCAACUGCGGUCAGGACAUCAUGAAGCGAAGCAACAACUACAGCUCCUCCGACAGCGACUUGGACGACAACAUCGAAGUGGAGAAAGACAGCGGCGACGAAAAUGGGCCGGCUGAUUCUCACGGCUCAAUGUCACCGUCCACUAGCACCACUCAAGUUCAAGCCAGAAAACGACGCAGAGGAAUAAUUGAGAAAAGAAGACGUGACCGCAUCAAUAAUAGUUUGUCUGAGCUGAGAAGACUGGUGCCAAGUGCGUUUGAGAAACAGGGAUCAGCGAAAUUGGAAAAAGCUGAGAUACUGCAAAUGACUGUGGACCAUUUGAAGAUGCUGCAUGCAUCUGGAGGCAAAGGUUACUUUGAGGCGCACGCCCUGGCAAAGGAUUACCGCAGCUUGGGCUUCAGGGAGUGUUUGGCUGAGACAGCUCGCUUCCUCAGCAUCAUGGAGGGCCGGGACAGCGCAGACCCCCUCCGUGUACGUCUGGUGGCCCACCUGAGCAACUAUGCGUCUCAGAGGGAGGUGCAGGCCGGACUGGAACACUUAGCCUGGGGCUCGGCCUACGGCGGCGCUCCCACUCCGAUGCCCCACCCUCUCCUGCUGCCACCCCCCCAGGCUAGGACGCCGGCGUCCAGAGGAAACAGCCGCCCACCCUCCACGUCCUCCUCGGAGACCUCGGCGACGUCCAGACUCCUUCCCCCGACGGAGUCUCUCAGGGCGCCCCCCAAUGGCUCGCUGCCCCUCAGUGUGCCAACGUCCAAGCUUUCGCCACCACUCCUGUCGUCGCUCUCUUCACUUUCGGCCUUCCCUCUUUCCUUCGGUGCUUUCCCGCUUGUGCCCCCGGCGGCCCUCGGCGCAGUCGGCCCCCCCUCCACCCUGCCCAAGCCUUAUCGGCCAUGGGGCACAGAGAUUGGGGCCUUUUGAAGACAACAACUAGACUGAGGCGGCAACAGCUGAGCUGCGCCACGAUCACAUGGGCAUUUGUUUUCCAAGCAAUAGACAGGUGAACACAACUGGCCUGAUUUGACUGUUUGUCAAGAAUUUUAUUGCUGAUGGAUGGUGUUAAAUAUUUGCUAAAAUGAAAAACUGAGCGCUGGAUGAUUGUAUUUUAUAAAUUCAAAUAAACUAAUUUAGAUAGCGUUCACUCUGUGGCUUCAGGACUGAGACACAUUAGUGGACUCAGUACUGAACCUUUUCAAGCUGUCAAGGAACAACAUAAUAUAUGUAUUUAAUAUAGAGUGAGAUAAUGUGGUCUGCUCUUUUGUAUCAGGACUAUUUGGAAAGCUAACAUGCUCACAUUGGGACUCUUACUUUUUAUAUCUGUAAUAUUUUUGUAUCAAUAAAUAAAAGUCAGAAUUAUC